GGGCAUACGUCCGCUAGCCACCGUUCCCCCCCUCACUGUCUCACUCUCUCCCUUUCCCUCUCUUUCUCUUCGUCGCACACAGACGCAGCGGCCAAUCUUUUCACCUUCGCCUUUCUUCCCUCACCUUCCGGCGUCCUCUUCAGGUUUAGGGCUUCCUUGAGCUCGUCAAAGCUGGAUAGACACCGAGGCGACCGCUAUGGCAACAACCAGGAUGGCCACGGCUACCGCCACUCGAGGGGCUCCUCCCGCUACUCCUCCGAUGCCCCCCUGACUCACCACCAGGGCCGCCGGGGCAGCAGCCCCAGCAGCUUCCGCGUCAGCGUCAACGCCGGAGGCCCCCGCUCCUUCGACAGCCCGCCACGUCACGGCCCCCGCGGAGGCGGCGGGUUCCGGCCGAUCGACGAUCGCGACGGCGGAGGUGACCGGUACGGUCCUGGGGGCGGCGAAGGCAGAGGGUACGAGCAGAAUUACGACGGACCAACACCGAUAUCCGGACAGAAACGCGGAUUUUCUCAACCUGGUAGAGGUGGGCCGUCGCCAGAUCACUCGGAAGGAGCUAAGUAUGCUAAGCUUUUUGUUGGCUCUGUUCCAAGUACAGUUACCGAGGAAGAUAUUCGUCCCCUAUUCGAAGAACAUGGAAACGUGAUCGAAGUUGCAUUGAUAAGAGAUAGGAGAACGGGUCAACAACGAGGGUGUUGUUUUAUUAAGUAUUCAACCUCAGAGGAAGCAGAUAGGGCAAUAAGAGCUUUGCACAAUCAGUACACUCUUCCUGGGGGUGUGGGCCCAAUCCAAGUUAGAUAUGCUGAUGGAGAAAGAGAACGCCUGGGUGCUGUCGAAUACAAACUUUUUGUGGGUUCGCUGAACAAACAGGCUACGGAGCAGGAAGUUGAGGAGAUUUUUGCACCAUAUGGUCGAGUUGAAGAUGUUUAUCUCAUGCGUGAUGAUAUGAGACAGAGCCGUGGUUGUGGAUUUGUCAAGUAUGCCCACAAAGAUAUGGCAUGGGCAGCAAUAAAUGCUUUAAAUGGAAUUUACACGAUGAGGGGUUGUGAUCAACCAUUGACCGUUCGAUUUGCUGAUCCCAAGCGGCCGCGUCUUGGAGAUUCGAGGGGUGGCGCCACGCUUGGAGGCCCAGGUGCUGGUCCUCGAUUUCAGUUGCCUGGAACAAGACCUCCAACCAACUUCAAUGAGCCUUCAAAAGAUAGGGCUCCACCUAGUGCAUGGAAUCCUAUGGGUAUGCAGGACCAGGGUCCACCAUCAAGUGUUGGUAAUCGUGGUUAUAUGAACCAGUUACCUUGGAGCAGUGACAUGGCAGCCUCUCUAAAUCCUAAUGCUCCAGUGACUGCUCAUGGCGGCCCCACCGAUGGUCUUCUUCCUGCACCUAUGGCACCACCCUCCUCUUUGCCUCAACAGAGCUUCAACCCGUCCUUUCAGCAAUUUCCAGCUAUCAGUCAGCAAAUCUCACCUUCACAGAAGCCUCUGCAGUCUCCUUCCCAGUCAUUGCCUCCAACAUUACAACGGCAGCCCCAACUCACUGCCUCUUAUUCACAGGCGCAAACUUCCUAUGCUCAGGUGGGACCCUCAGGUCCUCUUCAGAACCCCAGUAUCCCAACACCCUUCACCCAGGCAUUGCCAACCCAGCCAUUACUGGGCCCAGGUGUGCAGUCUGCUGCAUCCUCUGCGACAGCACUUCAAGCCCCUCCGAGCAUCAAUCUACAUGUCCAACCUAGGCCUUCUCCGCCCAAUCAGCCCCAUCAGUUUUUUCCUCCUGGACAACCACAGCAGUUUCCUCAGCCACCUCUUCAGUCUCCUUCACCUUUGGCCCAAAUGCUGACUCAACAGACACAGGCUCUACGAGCGAGUUUUCAGUCGUCGCAGCAGGCCUUCUCUCAGCUUCAGCAGCAAUUGCAGAUGAUGCAGCCUUCUAAUCAAAAUGUUGCACCUCAGCAGCAGAGCUCCCAGCCCGUGAAUCAGCAGUCUCAAUGGCCGAAGAACAUUCCGCAGACUGCACCAAGCAAUUCUAUAGCAGUACCAGCUGGAGAAGUGCCUUCUUCAUCUCCUGCUGCUGCUGCUGCUGCUGCUCCUCCUGUUGUACCUGGAACCACAGUUACAGUUGGUCCAGUAAAAUGUACUUGGACAGAGCAUACUUCUCCCGACGGAUUCAAGUAUUACUACAACAGUGUAACUGGAGAGAGCAGGUGGAUUGAACCUGAGGAGUUGAAAAUAUACAAGCAACAGCAGCAACUUCAGCAACAGAAACCACCGGUUCAGCAGGCUCAACUUCUUAGUCAGCCUUAUCCGCAGGUUUUAUCAACACAAAAUCAACAGCUACAACCGCAAGCUCUGUCUCAGAUGCAGUUCUCUCAGCAGCCACAGCAAGCUCAGCCUCAGGCGCUGUUCUCUCAGCAGCCACUGCAACAGCAUCCGCUAAAUUCACCGUAUCAAGCUUCUGGACCUCCGCCAAGUCGCCAAAAUGUUCAGGAACCCAGCUAUCCCCAAUAUCAAGUAGGAGCUUACCCAAACAACGAUCCCACAAGGUUUCAGCAGAGUCUUCAGGCUGCACAAGAUUGGAUGUGGAAGAACAAACAACCAACAGCCCCUGAGGAGUUGAAUUGAGGCCUGAAUUGUUCUUCCCAGUCGUGUAGGACUAGGAACAGGAUGUUUGAACUCACCAAGUGGUUUGAUGAGCAGAUUUAAUUUGCUAUUUCCAGAUUGCCAAGUCGGGGGAUCAGCUGAUCAAGGGCCGGAGGAAAACAGCAAAUUACUUAACAUUGUUAGAGCAGUCAUAUGCCCGCUUCGUGGGCACUUGUAGCAGUAGCACUGUAGCAUAAGGGUCUGUUCAUAAAGGCCAGUCAUAGGCAGAAUAUAAUCCGCCACUACUAAAGCCUGUGUACAUUAAUUUCUUACAUAAUAAGUCUUCAUGAGCUAUUGAUCA